UUCCGUGUCGGCAGCAGCAACAAAAGCACCGGCCGGGGACUCCCAACCGCCUGCCCCGCCGGUGGACAGCGACUUCGUCGUCAUACUGGCGGCCCUCCUCUGCGCCCUGAUCUGCGUCCUCGGCCUCGUCGCCAUCGCCCGCUGCGCACUCGCCGCCGCGGUGGGGGGAGGCAGGGCUCUGCCGGAGGCCCCGAGCUCCUCGCACGCCAACAAGGGGGUGAAGAAGAAGAUCCUCCGCGCCCUCCCCAAGCAGACCUUCUCCCCCGCCGCCGACGCCGCGGCAAAAUUCACCGAUUGAGCCAUCUGCCUCGUGGAAUUCACGGCCGGGGACGAGUUCCGGGUGCUCCCGCAGUGCGGCCACGACAUCCACGUGGACUGCAUCGACACCUGGCUCAGCAGCCAUUCGUCAUGCCCUUCCUGCCGGCAGAUACUCGUCGUCAACCGGUGUCAGAAGUGCGGCGGCGGGUUAUCGGGGAAGAAGAUGGAAGAUAG